UAUAACCUCACAAAGUCACAUAACCUCUACUAAAAAUAUGUAAAACAUUUACAUUAAAAUUGAAUUAAAAAAUUAUACAAUACUUUCAAUAAAAAUGGUUCAGGGAAGUAAAGUGUUUGCACCCCAUCGUUGUUUAGGUUAUGUUAGUAAUCACAUUCCUUUACAACUACGAUACAUUAAAAAUAGGAAGGAACAUUUGAUUGUGACUUGUGCCGGUAAAUUCUUCCUUACUUACGGAAUUAGCCACUUUAGUUUACUCAGUGUUAGUGGAAUUCAUCCAUCUGAUAUUACUUGUAUGACUUCUGAUACAUAUCAUAUAUACACAGCUUGUGAAAAUGUUAUUUAUGCAUGGAGACGUGGUACAGAAUUGAAACAUGUUUAUAGGGGCCAUGCAAAAUCGGUUCAUCUUAUGCUACCUUUCGGAAUUCAUUUAAUUUCAAUUGACGAAGGAAAUAAAGUCAAAGUUUGGGAUAUUAUAAACGAAAAUGUCCUUUUGGAAUUACUAUUUCCUAUUCAAUCAUUCAAAAUAAGUGCAGUUGCUCAUCCAAAAACAUACAUUAAUAAAAUCCUUUUCGGAAGCAAACAGGGUUCAAUGCAAUUGUGGAAUGUGAACAACAGUAAACUAAUAUACUCCUUUAAAGGCUGGGACUCUAGUAUUACAUGUUUAGAGCAGGCUCCAGCAUUAGAUGUAGUUGCUGUUGGAUUGGCAUCAGGAAAAAUUAUCUUACAUAAUUUAAAAUAUGAUGAAACAGUGAUGGAAUUUGUCCAGGAUUGGGGUUUAGUCACCAGUAUAACAUUCCGUACUGAUGGACAUCCUAUUAUGGCAACAGGCAGUACAAAUGGACAUAUUGUAUUUUGGAACCUUGAAGAUCAAAAAGUGGCUUCACAAUUAGUUUCAGCCCAUGAAGGAGCAGUGACUGGGAUGAUUUGUGUGCCAAAUGAGCCCCUGAUUCUUACAUCUUCACCUGACAAUACACUAAAACUUUGGAUAUUUGAUAUGACAGAUGGAAGUGCAAGACUCUUAAGAAUAAGAGAAGGUCACUCAUCUGCUUCAACAUGUAUUCGUUUUCAUGGCUCAAACGGUCAUAAUAUCUUGAGUGCAGGAAAUGAUUCAAGUCUUAGAAUUUUCAAUACCCAAACUGAGCAGUUCAAUAAAAGUUUAGGUGUAGCGUCAUAUAAUCGCAAAGUUAGUAAAAAAAGAAAAAAAAACGCUGAAGACUCUUUAAGAAUGCCACCAAUAGUGUUUUUUGCUUCUGAAACCACAAGAGAAAAGGAAUGGGAUGGAAUUGCUGCAAUACAUUCUGGCUUGCCUUUGGUUACAACGUGGUCAUAUAAUAAGAAAAAGAUGGGAGAUUACAAGUUACUUCCAGAAAGGUUACAUAAAAAGAAGUUGAAGACAGAAUGUUCAGUAACUGCCACUUGUUUGACUCUAACAAAAUGUGGAAAUUUUGUUAUAGUAGGAUACACUGACGGAUAUGUAGACAGGUUUAAUAUUCAGUCUGGGAUGUGGAGAACUUCUUAUGGAAAUCCUUCAGCUCAUGAUACUACUGUUAGGGGCACAGCUGUGGAUUCACUGAAUAAUGUCGUUAUAACAGGCGGCAGUGACGCAAAAAUUAAAUUUUGGACUUUUAAUGGGAAAGAGACUACACCGUUACGAACUUUAUCUAUCGAAGAAUCAAUAAAUUUUAUAAGAUCUCAUCCUGAAAGUUCAUUGAUUUCUGUAACCACAGAUUUUUUCUCUAUUUUGGUUAUUGACGUAUCAUCGAAAUCAAUAGUUAGAAAGUUCUGGGGCCACAAAGCUCAAAUUACGGAUGCAACUUUUAGCCCUGACUCGCGUUGGCUUAUAACUUCUGCAAUGGACUGUACAAUUAAGACUUGGGACAUACCAUCUUCUCAAUUAAUAGACCAUUUCAAAACAGAAGUACCCUGUAUAUCGUUGUCGAUGUCUCCUACAGGAGAAUUUCUGGCUACAGUUCACUUAGAUAAUUUAGGAGUGUUUUUGUGGAGUAAUCGAAGUAUUUAUUCUCGCGUUUCUCUAAAAAACUUAUCUCCCAGUGACGAGCCUCCCCUCAUGAUGCUUCCAGAAAUAAUUAAUGAAGGUAUUAAGGUGGAAGAUGAUGACGAAGAUGAGGAUGAAUUAAACAAAGAAUUCAUUUCUAAGUGUCAAAUAUCGGAUGAGUUGGUGACUCUUUCAGAAUUACGAAACUCUCGUUGGCAAAAUAUCUUUAAUAUGGACAUAAUUAAGCAGAAAAAUAAACCGAAAGAAGCUCCAAAAGUGUUCAAAUCUGCACCGUUCUUUUUACCAACUGUAGCUUCCUUGACCCCUAAGUUCGAUUUUUCGAAAAAUAAUGAAAACAAAGAGCAGGGCAACGUGAUAACGCUCGAUAAAAAUUUCCAUACAUUUUCUCCGUUUGGGGAACUUUUAGAUAAGACAAAAGAGCUGAAUAAUUUUGAAAAUGUUGUCGAAACACUCAAGUCAAUGGCUCCGAGUAUGAUAGAUUUCGAAAUUAAAUUGCUGGAUCCAGAUGUAGGAGGAACAGUAGAUGUUAUGGUACAAUUUUUAAAAUGUAUAGAACACAUGUUAAAUUCCAAUAACAAUUUUGAAUUGGCUCAAGCAUAUUUGGCUACGUUCUUGAAACAGCAUUUUAAAACUGUUAUGGUAGAACCUAAACUUGUUAGUAUGUUACCUACACUUCAGAAUUGCCAUUCUAGUACUUGGAACCGUGUGCAAGAUAGAAUGUUGUAUAGUCUUUGUGUUGUUCAAGCGUUAAAAUUGUUUGAUCAAUAAAGUUUUUCCAUAUAA